AUGGCAAUGAAGAGAAAGCAAUCAGAAAUAAUAGAAGUUGCUUCUGUUUCUCAGAGAGACACGGCAGUGAAAAGAAAGCUAAGAGAAAAUAAUGAUCCAUUAGUGAAGCUUAAGCUGGGGGGUGGAGAUACAUCGGUUGGACUUGUGAAGAAGAAACUGAUGAAAAGUGACCUUAAUAAUCUCAGCAGAUUGAUAUUGCCAGGGGCAGAUGUAAGGAAGCAUGUGUUGCCAUUGCUUCAUCCCUGGGAAGUCCAUGAAGUGGAAGGGGGAGAUGGAGGAGGAGCAGGACUGAUAGUGCGUGUGAAGGACUUGGACACAGGUACACAGCAUCGGAUGAGUUUUAAGAAAUGGGAGAGCAGCGGUUCUUAUAAGCUUGGGCUGCGUUGGAUUUCAGAUUUCGUAAGGAGAAGAAAUCUUCAAAAAGACGACAUGAUCGUCAUGUUCUGGGUCGACGACGAUUUCGAUUCCACCAGGAGGGGCUUCUAUUUCUAUGUUGCCAAAAGAUCCUACCCUCCACCGAAUCCUCAGCUCUGCAAAUUCGCACAGAAAUUCCUCCGUCUUAGCUUGCCUACGCCUGAUUGUUCUGAUUGGUCAUCCAUCGAUUCAUGGGAUGAAAACUUCACAAAAAAUAACUAG